AUGGCUACUCUCAACAACGGGGGCUCAGAUGAUGAACCCGAUGCUGGCUUCGAAGUCUUGAACCCUUCGCCUACUACAUCAUCUGAGUCAUGUAGCAUACACCUCUCGCCUUUGCAGAAAUGGCACAACUACUUUCAGAAAGGCACUCUCCAGGACCACCAGAGAUUGUGUGUCGACCUGGGCCUUCCCGGCGAUCUUCCAAGCAAGACAAAAUGUCGAAGUGCUCUCAAUAGUAUCAACGUCAAUAUCUGCCAGUUCUUGGACUGCGAGAACAAGCCCAACGACGUUAAGUUCUUUAAGAGCAGAAACGCACUGGUUCGAUGGACCAAGAAAAACCACGCUUUCUUCCCUAAGCGCAAUCUGCCACAGGGUAGUCCACUGCGAACGUUGUUGAAGCUGAUGCUUUUUGGAAAACCCUGA